AUGGCAACGCCCGACUUGCACGUGACGCCCGCGCCGAGUGUGGAGCAGGAGACGGACGAGACGCCCGACCAGGAGUCGCCGUUGACGCCUUGGGUGCCCACCCCGGAGGUCGCCACCGAUGCGUCCACGGACGGUGACGUUGCGUCCACGCCCGCACCGACGAUGGCAACGCCCGACUUGCACGUGACGCCCGCGCCGAGUGUGGAGCAGGAGACGGACGAGACGCCCGACCAGGAGUCGCCGUUGACGCCAUGGAUGCCCACCCCGGAGGUCGCCACCGAUGCGUCCACGGACGGUGACGUUGCGUCCACGCCCGCACCGACGAUGACAACGCCCGACUUGCACGUGACGCCCGCGCCGAGUGUGGAGCAGGAGACGGACGAGACGCCCGACCAGGAGUCGCCGUUGACGCCAUUGGAUGCCCACCCCGGAGGUCGCCACCGAUGCGUCCACGGACGGUGA